AUGGGAUCUGGUGCCGGCAGCUUCCUCAAAGUGCUUCUUAAGAACUUCGACGUUCUUGCUGGGCCUGUGGUUAGCCUUGUUUAUCCACUAUAUGCCUCGAUUAGGGCGAUUGAGACACAGUCUCCUGCUGACGAUCGCCAAUGGCUCACGUAUUGGAUUCUGUAUUCUAUGAUUACUUUGUUUGAGCUCACCUUUGCCAAAGCCAUUGAGUGGAUUCCGAUCUGGUCAUACGCAAAGCUAAUUCUUACUUGUUGGUUGGUCAUCCCAUACUUCUGUGGUGCUGCAUAUGUUUAUGAACAGUAUAUCAGACCUUUCUUUCUCAACCCACAGAGAGUUAACAUUUGGUAUGUUCCAAGGAAGAAGGAUGUGAGUAAGCCAGAUGACAUUCUAAUUGCUGCAGAGAAGUACAUUGCAGAGAACGGGACUGAAGCCUUUGAGAAGAUCAUUCACAGGGCUGAUAAGUACCAGAGCAGCGGGGGAUCCGUCUAUGAUGAGGCAUCUAGAUAUUAUUGA